AUGCGCAGCUGCUGCUCCUCCCGGACGACGUCGAAAUCGAUGACGUCGGCUCAUCGAGCCGGUCUCUGCGUCUCUCACGCCGAGCCCGCUCUCUCGCUUCCCCCCUCGUUUCUCUCGCCGCCCUCUCACUCCGGCCUCUCUCUCUCGUUACCAGGCGUUACCGCCCUCUCAUUUUCUUUUCGGCUUCUUCUUUUCUUACGAUUUUUUAUUAGAAAACUUGAUGGUUUUUAUAGAAAUUAGAUUUUUAGAUGGUUAGGCUAGGAUUUGAGUCGAAAAUUGAGAAGACUUAGACUUGAAAAAAAAAAAUUUUUGGCGCUUUUUCAAGGUUAAUUUCGGUAUUUUUCAAAGAAUUGAUGAUUUUUAUAGUUUUCUGAUGAAAAUUGAGGUCUUUUGAGCGAUUUUCUUAUGACAUAUUGAAGUUAUUUUUAAAAUUUCCCGAAUUUUCACUCCUUUUGGUUCAUUUUUAAGAAGUAUACAUUAUUUUUUGGGCAUCCCGUUUUUGAAAGAAAUAUCAUGAUUUUCCGACUUUUUAUGAUAUUUUCUUUGUCUUUCUUGUUCAUUGAUUCAUUUUUGAUUGAAUAAAAAAAAUUUUCCAGUAUGGAAGAAGCGGAAAAAGUUAAGGUGGUGGUCAGAUGUCGACCAAUUUCCGAAUUGGAGCUUUCCCAAGGUGAUUUCCAUCAAUUUCAAAUGGGAAAUGUUAUUAUUUUCCAAUUUUAAGGCCACAAAUCAACGGUCGGCAGCUCAAUGGAGGACAAGUCGAUCUCCGUGACGAAUCCGCAGGCCUCGCAGGUAUGGUCGAAGUGGUUAGGCUCUUGACUGAAGCUAGAAAGGUCAAGGGUUCGGAUCCGCUGCGCGUUAUUGCUUUUUGCAAGUCUACAACUGACUUUUCUAGUAGAAGAUCCUGGUUUUUCAUGAUGUGAGAAGGGUCCUUGGAUCGAGUCCCGGCCAGGUUUUUUGCCAUUUUUCACUUUUUAUUCAACGAAUAAAAACUAUGUAUCAAAAAAUCGUGGUCACAUUUUUAUUUUGAAAACAAUCUCACUUUUUUUUGUUGAACAACUUCUUUUGCUUUUUCUUAUAGGAAAAGGUCGAUGGUACGAACCCUGGUCCCAUUUUUUUGCCAAUUAUAUUAGUGUACUAAAAAAAAAAUGACCAAACCUUUUCGAAAUGACAAUUCAAAAAGACAAAAAUUGAUUUUUGACAGAAAAUAAAGCUUGGAAAACAGCAAAUAUAUUGAAUGAACGUUCGGAAAAAUUAUUGCACCUUAAAAAAUUCGCAUGAACUGCAUAAAAUUAAUUUUUUGAGGGUUUAUCAUUUUUCUACAGAUCUCGAUUUAACCGAAAAAAGAACAAAACAGGUCUCAAUUUUUAAAAUGAAGAAAGAACAAAUAAUUAAAUAUUUAUUUCCCCUUUCGCGGGCUUUAUCCAUGGGGCGCACAUUGGGAGGUUGAUGCUUCUCAUUGGAGCGCUUUUGACCAUAAAUCUUAAUUCAACAGAAAAUUUUCGAAAUGACGUUUUGAAUGGUCAAAAAGAUUCACUAUGACACUAUAACGUGUGUGAUGGAUGUUGAGUGAAAUGUUGAGAUUGAGUAGAGUUAUGAUAAAGUUUUGAAACCGGGAAGUUAUAUUUCUCGGGCAUUUUUUUUUUAUGAAAACAAUUUGGAUGAAAUUUCGAAGUUUUUGUCAUUUUUAAGUUUUCUUUUAUUUGAGUAGAAUUUUGAUCUGAAUCUGAAGCACUUUUAGAGUUGCAAAAUUAUUUUUUGGAAAUAUUACCAGCCGAAAAAAAUUUUUAUGAUAUUUUUGUAACAAGGAGAAAUCGGUAAAAAAACUGUUCUAAAUUUCGUUUUUCCCCGAUAAAAAAAUUCCUUUUAAACUGAAUUUUUUUCUUAUUUAAAAGGUACUUUCAAUUUUUUUGAAACAUAUGGGUGCUAUUGAAGGUUUGCUUUCUUGUCAUAUUUUUUUAAAAAAUUCGAUUUUUCACCAUUUCUCAGGAGCCGCCACGAACAUUUUUCUUCGACGCGGUUUUCCCGCCGGCCACCGACCAAAUGACCGUAUACAAUGUCGCGGCGAGACCCAUCGUCGACAACGUUUUGAAGGGAUACAAUGGUAAAUUGAUUUCCAUGGAGAACUGGUGCUAGAAAAUGAAAAAAAGCCUUUAAAAAAAGUGAGAAAUUGUUUGGCAAUUUUAGUUGUCUUUGCUGUUUCGGAUCUGAAUUUAAAUUUGUAAGAGGCGAUUUUCAACAUUGUUACAUGUGGUAUGUAAAUAUAAUUUGAGUUACCGUUUCAGAGCUUAUUUUGAAGGUGAAAUUUUGGGUUUCAUUUUUGAUAAGCUGCUGCUUUCAAAUGGUAAAAAUUUGAUUCGGAAAUAAUUGAUAAUGUAAAAAUAUGUGCACUUUCUUCGCUCUUCAAUAAAAAGGGUCUUGACACGAUAAAUAAAUGAGACAAUACCUGGUCGGUGGAGAGCGCAGACAGGCCACGCCCCCAAAUCAUGAAAAGACAAUUUUUCAUUUUUCUUUGGACCUGUACUACGAAAAUUUAAAAAAUUGAGAUUUUCUUGUAAUAUUUGAGUAGUUUUAUUCAUCGUGGAUUCCAGUAAUCACUUUUUUAAUUUAUAUCACUUCACUGUUUUGAGAAAGUUACUUGUUAAAUUUUUUUUUGUAUUUUUGUUGAUCUGUUAAGGGGAUAUUCAAAUUUACCGGCUUUUUUUAAAUCGACAUAAUUUGGGUGACUUUUCACUGUUCCAAGCCAAUUACUAGAAAGUCUUUCAUCUUUAUUUUCGUUUUUUGUAUGGAAACCAUCGAAAGUUUCCAGCUAACAUGAGCAAUAACUCAAAAUCUGACUUCGUGUCCCCGAGAAUUAACACCUUUUUUCAAAAUAUUGAUUUUGAAAACACCUGUUUCCAGGUACAAUAUUCGCCUACGGCCAGACGGGUACCGGGAAAACGUUCACGAUGGCCGGAGAAAUGGAAAAAGCCGAAUCGAGGGGAAUCAUUCCAAAUUCCUUCGCCCAUAUCUUCGAUCACAUCGCCAAGUGUCAACAUGAUACCACGUACUUUUUUGAUUUUUUCGAAAAAAAAUAUUUUUUCAUUUUUUCACUUUGUUUUUAAGUUAUAGUGCUUUUUAAAAUGUUCUAGAACACUUCAGGAUUUUUUUAUAUCGAAAAACUGACUAGUUUUGUAUUUUCCCUUAAGAGGUCCCUAGAGAGAAGUUUUUUUCAGAUUCCCAAAUAAGACCAGGUUGAUUAGAUAGAGUUUUUCAUGCUGAUUCUGAAUCUGUAUUUGAAAAAAAUUCAUAGGAUGGCUAGGAAUAAAAGAUAUGGAUUUUUCAAAGUAGAUCAAAAAGAAAUUAAUUUUUCAAAAAAAUAUUGUUUUUUUAGGUCAAACUUUGACUGAAAAAUUUUCAAUUUUUUUGUGAUUUUUUUAAAAUCUUUUGAAAGAAAUGAACUUUAUAGGAAAGACGUAGUUUUUUUAAAUGUGGGUUUUUUGAUCUUGUAACUUUUUCCCUGGGAGCUUUUUUUGAGCGUAGAUUUGAAUUCAGCCCAAAAAAAUUGCGCCUAGUGACUCUAGUCUCAUUAGAAAACAAUUUUUUUCAUUAAAAUGACGAAACAAUUUUCAGACAAACUUCUUAUUCACUUUCCAGUUUUCACUAAGUUAUAUAAAACCCAAAUCAGUAUUUUACUAAUCUCGCUUUCUUAAAGCAUUCUGGAAAAGUCGGUUUUUUACAACGAAUUUUUUUUUAAGUUUUCAAAUUUUGAAAAAAAUUUUUAGCGUAGUCAAAUUAGUGUCCACUUAAGGGAAUUAAAAAUUAGUGGCCACUAUAGAGGUCUAAGUGCUACUGCUAGACCACAAAAAAUUUUAGUGGCCACUUGAGGGGUUAAGAAUUAGUGGCCACUAUAGAGGUCUAAGUGCUACUGCUAGACCACAAAAAAUUUUAGUGGCCACUUGAGGGGUUAAGAAUUAGUGGCCACUAUAGAGGUCUAAGUGCUACUACCAGAUCACUAAAAAUUUUAGUGGCCACUCUAGGGGUCAAUGGAUCAACAUAACUGGUCCAAUCUGUUUGUUUUUAAUUAUCAGAGUUACUGGAAUGAAUACUGGAUGAAAAACUACUGAAGUGGCCACUAGAAAGAGAACCUCUAUAGUGGCCACUAAAACGGAAAAUAGUGGCCACUAUGGGGCUGGUUCAAGUGGCCACUUUAGUGUCCUCACCAAGUAGUCCUUGGCGAGCCUCUGUAGUGGCCACUAAAAAUUUCCCUACAACCAAAAUCGAGAAUGCAUUUUGAACACUCAAACACUCUUUAGCUAUAAAAACCUCGAAAAUUUCCAAAAAUAGCCACUUUAAAAAUAUUCCCGCCUAUUUUUCCAGAUUCCUAGUGAGGGUCUCCUAUCUCGAGAUCUACAACGAGGAGAUCCGGGACCUUUUGGCCAAAGAAGGAGCCGGACUCAACCUAGAGAUCAAAGAAAGGCCCGACGUCGGGGUCUACGUCAGAAAUCUGUCGUCGGCCACCGUCGGAAGCGCCUCCCAGAUGCAGAAAAUCAUGGAGUUUGGCAACAAAAAUCGUGGGUUUUUCGGUUUUUGAAGGAUUUUUAGACAUUUUCCAAGGUUUUCAGAAGGUUUUUAGAUCUACCCAGAAAUUUUAGGAGUAGGAAAUGGGUUUUUAAAAUUUUGAAAAUUGGAAAUUUCUUCAGUUUUUGAGAAGCUUUUGGGAUGAUUUCUAGGCUUUUUCCAGGUUUUCAAAACGUUUUUUAAGUCUUAGAAAUGAAAAAUAUGGUCGAAAAAGCUUUGGAACGCCAGAGUGGUCACUAGAGGGCUGAAAAUCAAGUGGUCCCUGUAGAGAUUUAGAGUCGAAGCCCUAAACCUUUAAAAACUUGUAGAUUGUCAGUUUUUCUUCAGCUUUGCUCAGGAACGCCAGAGUGGCAACUUUAGGGGCUUUUGUAGGUUUCCCUUAAGGGGCCUCGAAGUUUGAUUGCUCAAGGGACCACUCUAGGGGAGAAAGCUAUCUCUGUUAUACCUCUUUCAAAUUUCAAAUAAGGAGUUAAAUUUUAAAAACCUCUAUAGGGACCACUUAAGCUUUGGAAGCUUAGAAGUCAGACCCUGAACUCCUGUAGGGACCACUAUUUCACCUACUUUAGGAGUUUUUCCCCUCUCCCCUCUAGUGACCACUCUGCCGUUCUUGAAAAAAGCUUCACGGGCUUUUUGGUCGGACCUUGAACCCCUAUAGGGACCACUCAAGCUUUAGCCCUCUAGGGAGCACUCUUUCACCAACUUCAGGGGCUUUUUUUUCCCAGUCUCCCCUCUAGUGACCACUUUGCCUUUGUUUUUCUUUGUUGAUAUUUCCGCAGUUCUCUAAAACUCUAGGGCUUAUCAAUAAAGUUUAUCGAUUUUUCUUUGUCGGAUACGGAAAGAAAUUGAGUCAUGUUUUUUAAAGAUAUUUAUUCAUAGUUUGAAACAGUGAAAUCUUAGAAAAUAAUUAAAAAAAAUAUUCCGGGAUUUUUUUAUAAUAAGGCAACCAUUGAUUAUGGAAGGUUUCCUGGUCUGAAAAAUUACGGUUUUUAACGUUUUUACCUUGAAAAUAGGCAUAUUUUACCUGAGAUAUCCCCAUAAAUUACAGGAAAAGUCGGCGCGACGAAUAUGAAUAUCGAAUCUUCCAGGUCCCACGCUAUGUUCACAGUCACCAUUGAAAGUUGUAAGGUAGGAAAAAAAAUCGGGAAAAUAUUAGAUUCCUGUUUCAAGUUAAUGUCAUAAAUUAGAUGUAAAUUGGAUGUAGGAUGAAACGAUUCUUGGUAAGGCGUCCAAAAAAUCAUUUUUUUUGAAAAAAAAAGCCAUGGCCGCAAUUGGAAUGGCUCAAAACAGAACUGGGUUCCUCGGGCGGAAACCGUAUUGGGUCGGGUGCUCCAAAAAGCAACCAAGCCGUUCUAAUUGCGUAUUUGAAAUGGCUCAGAGCUUGCUGCAAUGCUCCUUGAAGCCUUUCGGCGAAAGCCGUUUUGGGUCAGAUGCUCUGAAAAACUCAAAAAAUCAACCAAGCCAUUCCAAACGCGGUCAUCCUGAUUAAUGGCAUUACCUACAUCUGAAAUCGGUAUUUUUUUAUUAUUUUAGGUAUAUAAUUAUUGAUUUUAUUCGUAAUUCUUUCAUUAUAUUCAAGAAACAAGGCAUUUUAGUCAUUUUAAACACUUUUCAAUACUGUUUCGAAUCGUUUCAGAAUGAAUUGGUGACACAAGGGAAACUGCAACUGGUCGAUUUGGCUGGAAGUGAACGCCAAAGUAAGACUGGAGCCCAGGGAGAACGAUUGAAGGUGAUAUAUUCAAUAAAAUUCCAGAUUUUAGUUGAGUUAGUUUUUAGAAAUUUGUCGAAAAAUCGAAGCAAAAAAAAUAUAGAUUUCUAAAUGAGUUCACUGUUUUGAACGAUUUACAAGUUUCGGAUGGAUUUCUUUUUUUCGUUGUUGUCAUUGAGUACAUAAUUUUAGAAGAUGAAAAAUUUCAAAAAUUUCCGAGGAAAAAUAGCCGCGGAGAUUUCGCGCUCCAUUCAUAAUGUUUUCUAGAAAUGGACAAUUUCUACCGGUUUCAAUGAGAAGUUUGUUGAAAGAAAAAUCGGAAUUUUUGAAUGAAUUUAAACUUUAAAAAGGGAGAAGAAGGAUUAACCUUGGAGCACAGAAUAGUUUUGCCAUAAAAUGACUAUUUUUUUCUUCCUUUUUUGAUCAAUUUUUUUGAAAAAUUGUAUUCUCAUUAGAGCGCAAAUUCCUAGCCUCAAAUAAUUUGACGGCUGAAUUUUCUCAGCUUUUUAAAGAAUUUUUAUCCCUUUUUAAGGGCUUGUGAUGAUUUUCCUGUUGGUUGAGUGUAUCCUUUUGUUUCAAAAGUCAAAAAAUCAAUCAUUAUCCAUGGAGCGCACUAGAUCUAAAUAAAUCUGGAGAGUUUCUAGGAAGCCGCAAAAAUCAAUUUAUCCCUCUCGACACUCGGAAAUGUCAUCAGUUCGUUGGUCGACGGCAAAUCGACGCAUAUUCCUUAUAGGUACCCAAAUUUUUAUAAGUUGGUCGCAUUUGGAAUGGUUUAAAAUGAAGAAAAUCCCGCCAAAAACGCUUCAAAAUCUCAAAAUUUAGCCCCGAAUCCGUGUCUUUUUCUGAUGAUUUUCGAGAAGCGCAAGUCGUUUUGCGGUUGGGCGCAAUAAUAAUCGUUCUCAAAACUUCAUUUCUCACCCAAAUCGAACGUUUUUAGAAGCUAGAAAAACUCGCAAAAACUGCAGGAAUCAUCAUUUCUAGCGUUUAAUUUACGUUCCGAAACGUAUUCUGAUUAGGCUUUUUCAUUUCUCAUUUAGAUGAAUAGCUUGAAAAAAAGCUUCAAAAUGUUGGAAAAAGCUUGAAAUUCAGUUGUUUCAAUUCAGAAAUUCAAAACUCACCCGCCUUUUGCAAGAUUCUCUGGGAGGAAACUCGAAAACUGUCAUGGUAAGUCCAAUUUUUCGAUUUUUUUAAAGCGCUCCCAUAAAUUUUUGCCUGUUUUAGAUCGCAAACAUUGGCCCGGCCAGUUAUAACUAUGAUGAAACCCUGUCAACACUCCGAUAUGCAAAUAGAGCCAAAAAUAUUCAAAACGUGGCCAGGUUUGUUCUUCCUUCUCUUUUUCGGCUCAAAAUCGCUUUUUUAAAGGAUCAACGAAGAUCCGAAAGACGCCAUGCUACGCAAAUUCCAACAGGAAAUCGAAAUGCUCCGAAAACAGCUCGAAGGUACCAUUUUUGAAUUUUUGAUUACUGUAGAUUCCAGUUGUGUGCACACUCGGGUCAUUGCGUACAAAACUCAGUUGACGAAAGUUUGGAGAUUUACCCGUUUCUAUUCAAUUUUUUUCAACUUUUUGUAUUAUUUUUUUAAAUCUUGUUCCUCGUCAAAGUUUGAGAACCGUAACAUCCGGUGGACCCCUGUUUAGAAUACGGAAUUUCUAGAAUCUACAGGAUCCCUUCGUCAAAUUUUUAGCUGUCUUUCAAAUUUUGCUGCAAAUUAGUUUGUCAUACGUUGUUUAUCCGGUUGAUUCGUGAACUAGACUUGAUUUAUCACAACCAUUUUAUUUAUUAAUUUUUUUAAAAAUUUGGAAAAGAUCUUUUUCAAAUUUUUUUAAGCAUGAAAAAAAUAGAGAAGCAGUCGAUAUAUGAACAAAAUGGUUUUUUAGUUUUUUUGAUUCUGUUUAUGUUGUUUGAGUUAGCGUUUUUUUAUAAUUUAUUUUAAUUGAAUUUUUUUAGCUAAUCUUCCUCAUAAUUUUUUGUUCAGAAGAGGACCGGGAUGACGAUGAAAACAAUGAGGAGGCUUUCCAACAAAAAAUGCGGGAUAUGGAAGCCGAAGUGGAGAAAAAACGGAUUUUAUUAGCCGGUAGAGACGCGGAAGAAGACGAGGAGACCAGGAAACUCGCCAGGGAGAUGCAAGAAAGGUUUUGAAACGGAAAAAUCAUGAGAAAUAAACAUUUUUCCAGUGAGGCCGAGCUUUUGAGAACGCGAACGGAACAUGAGAAACUGCGGGCGAAACUGAGCCAAAUCGAGAGCAAAUUAAUCGUUGGCGGGGAGAAUUUGCUCGAAAAAGCCGAGGAACAGGCCAGGCUCCUGGAGGAAAAUAAUCAGUUUGAAAAGGAAAUGGAAGAAAAUAUUAUAGAGAUUUUUUUCAGAGAACUGGAAAAUUCCCGAAGCCAAGAAUUGAGACUCCGGAAUCAGUUGAAGGAGAAAAAGGCGGCCAAAAAUGAGAUCGAGGGAAAGUUCGUGGAUUUUUUUAAAGUUUCAAAUGUCCCUUUUUGUGGAGAUUCUUCUUGAAAAAUGCGAAAAAACAACUUUUUUUGAAAUUUUGUUAAAAUUUGGCUGAAAAUUGAUCAUUUUUCGUCGAUUUUUUGAGGCUAUUGCUGAAAUUUUUUUCCAGAUUUUUGCCGUUUUUUUCGAAAUUUUUUUCAACGUAAAUAUCAAACUUUUCGCCUGUUUUUUUCUUUUUUUGUAUGGAAGAAGAGAGCAUGAAAAAGAGAUUAAAAUCAAUUUUUUUCCUACUAAUUUUUUUGGAUUUAACCUCUGAAAAUCCGAGAAAAAGCUUUAUAAAAUGACCUUGAAUUUAAUUUUUCUUCGCAGGUUCCUUUGCCAAAAAAAAAUUGGGAAUUUCUAGGUACACAUCCUUGCAAGAGGAAGCCUCGGAAAAGACGAGAAAAAUUAGGAGAGUAAUUUCGGAGUUGGGCGAAGCUCGGGCCGAGCUCAAGGACAUGGAGGAGGAGCAUCAGCGGCAGGUCGAAGCCUUAUUGGACGAUAUUCGACAAUUGAGAAAGGUUGGAAAUGGAUUUUGAUGUAGAAAUUUGGUAAAUUUAAGACUAUUUGAAGAAAAAGUGAUUUUUUAACUAGUUUUUGAAAAUUGAGAAAGGUUUGGAACUGAUUUUUGUGCAGGAAAAUGUUUGAUUUUGGUAAAAUUGAGCACUAUUCAAGAUAACUGGGAAAAUUUUUAGUGACCGCUAUAGUGGUCAAAUUAGUGGCCACUUAAGGGGUUAAAAAUGAGUGGCCACUAUAGAGGUCUAAGGGCUACUACUAGACCACUAAAAAUUUUAGUGGCCACUUUAGGGGUCAAUGGAUCAACAUAACUGGUCCAAUCUGUUUGUUUUAAAGUUAUCAGAGUUACUGGAAGGAAUACUGGAUGAAAAACUACUGAAGUGGCCACUACAGAGGUGGGUUUAGUGGCCACUUUAGUGUCCUCUCCUUGUAGUCCAUGGCGAGCCUCUAUAGUGGCCACUUGUAAUUUUCCCAGUUAUUUUUGACCUCCCCCUAGGCUUAAAACUAACGUUCCCACCGUUGUUUUUAAAUCUUAGAAGUCCAGCCCAUCUCCUGGAGCAAUAAAGUUUAGUGAUUGACCGCAUUUCAACUCAAAUAUCUUUCGAAUAAAUAAAUGCGAAGAAUUUGUGUGAAAUGAUGCUUUCGACGUUUCAUUUCCUCGUCAUUCCACGUUUCAUGGUUAGAAUAAGAUUCGGAAAAGUACGAAUCAGACAGUGAUUGCCGUGCAAGUAAACUGUAUUAAAUUAGCCAUACCUUUCUUUGAAAAUCAUUAUUUAUGUUUGAAAAUCAAGAAAAGGCCGAAUAUUGAAAUCAUUCUUUUAUAAACUUGAUGGGUUUUUGGAAUAAAUUGACGAAAAAUUGAGAAUCUUUCAUUAAUUUCUCAAAGUUAAACGUUCAACAGAAUUUUUCCUAGAAAUAUCACAUUUUUUUCUUUAUCAUCCAUUUUAUAAAGACAUUUUUUUAAAAAAAUUUUGACGACGUCUUUAAAAUGCGGACAUUUUUGAGAAAAACUAAUGCCUAGAGAUGAAUUUGAAGAUUUUUCUCCUUGUGAAAUAGAAAAAAAGCAGUUUGGAAAAGUAAACCCGGGAAAAAAAGGUCAAUAAAUAACACUCAGAAACGAAAAAAACCGUCCGAACUUUACAGAAAACGAAUGAAAACAACAUAUCAAUAAAAUAUUCUUUCUAGUCACAUUAGUACUUUUUUUGAAACAGAAAAGUGCGGAAACCUGUAUUUUUCGAGAGUGCUUAGGAACGUCAUAGUGGUCCCUAGAGGGUUUAUUUGAAAAAAAUACCUUCUAGAUGACGAAAAUAGUGCUCCCUAGAGUGGUAAAAUUCAAGUGGUCCCUAUAGCAGUUCUUCAAUUUUUUUUUUGUGGGUGGAAAGGGAAGAAAUAAGUACAGGGAUCUAGCAUACUCCCCCAGAAGGGCCACUUUUGCAAGUCUAGUGUCCCCUAUAGGAGGAAGUGAGGUGGUCUCUAGAGGGGUCCUUUAAGGGCCCUAUAGAUUGUUCCUCUAGGGACCACUCUGACUUUCCGAAGUUUUCAAAGCUUUUUUCCGACCGUUUUAGGACUUAUUUUUGAUUUCUAAAUGUUUUAAAAGCUCCCUGAAAACGGGAAAAAGGUUUCGAUGUUAUUACAAAAUCAUCCAGAAGCUUCUCGGAAUCGUUUUUUUCACUUAAAAAAACGCAUUUUUUUAUUUUUUUAUUAGGAGCUUCUCCUGAACAUGGCGAUCAUCGACGAGUACAUUCCACCGGAAUACGUGGAACUGAUCGAAAAAUACGUGAGUUGGAGCGAAGAACACGGCGACUGGCAGUUGAAAGCGAUCGCCUACACUGGGAAUAACAUGAGGGCCAGCGCCCCGCCCCAAAAUCCCACUUUUUCGGUUCGUUUUACACAAAAAAUGAAUAAAAUCCAAGAAAAUCCCGAAUCUAGAUGAACAAUCAGACGAUCCCGCUGUUCUACUCGUACAAAACUGACCUCGGAGCUCAAACCUCGGAGCCGAGACCCAGAACCAAAAGCGGAAAACGGUUUGAAACUGAAAAAUCCACAAAAAAGAACAAUUUUGUCAUUUUUCAGAGAACGAAACGCGGCGAAAUUGAAGCAGCUUCUCAGCUAG